CAGGAAACCGUACGCAUGCGCAGUGCUUAAUCUUUUCGGCCCGAGUAGCUGGACAGUGGGAACAGACAUAACUAUCCUGUCAUUAAAUUAAGACUACUCAAGUAAUGCUGGGAAGUACCAUUAUAAACCACCGACAACAUGUUGGACUGCAGAAGCUCAAAGCGUUGGCAGGAAUCACGCACUCCUCUUUGGGCCCCAAUAAAAAGUACAAGUUCAUCCAGGAUGAAGCGAGUGGGGAGUCAGCUCUUGUGUGCUCCUGUUUUCGCAUCUUGGAGAAUCUGGAGCUGAGCUGCGCGGUGGGUCAGCUGGUUUACGAGACUAUUCAGGCCCACCAGAAGAUCUAUCACACAGGGUCGGGAUGCUUGCUGUUUCUCGCAGGAGCGUGGAGCCGUGCUGCUCUGGAGUGCCUUCAGAGAGGGAUUCCAGUCACUCACAUCAUCUCUACUUUGUCUGAAGGGAUGGAUUUAUGUGUCGAUGUUUGCCGGAAAUGCAGCGUCUCCACUGAGGGUCUUGGUGUUGAGCCAUCAGAGAGCUUCACUGCGAAUUCACACGGAUCAGGACUUCAACUGCCAAAGAAACCCAGCGUGGAGGCUUUACAAACAUCACACAACCUGCAGGGUCUAUCAAAAGUUGGUUUUAAGACUCUAAAUGGCAGUGGACAAAGACAAAUUAAACUUAGCAGACAUUUUUACGAGGCCAGAUCAGAAAUGGUCUCCACAGUAACGCAACCUGAUCAGCCUAAACUCCCUGACAUUGCACAAAUCGCAAAGGGAUUGAGUCACGGUUGUGUUGAGGCGAUGAAAUUAGUAGUAGAAGCCAGCCGAGUACAGUCAAAAAACAGUCAGCAGGAUCUCAGCUAUUCGACAUUUGAUGUUUCUAAAGUGGUGACUUGUAAGCUUCCUGGAUUACCAGAGGAGCAUGCAUGUGUUUUACCAGGCUGCAUUGUUCUUGUAUCUGAGGAACAGGCUUCAGUUGCACAUCACUUCAAAGAACAGCCCUUAAGAGUCGCUCUUAUUAAUGGAGAUUUAUCAGACACCUAUCGUCAUCUUGGCUUUAAAAAGCUAACAGGUGUUCAGUGUGUGAGGGACCAGUUCGAAUUUAAAAGUUCUAGCAAAGACGAAGAGUGGAUGGACAAGAUCGUGGCACUUCUGUUGAACCUUGAAGUGAACCUGAUACUAGUCGGCGGGCUGGUUAGUGAGAAAGUGAUUCAGCGCUGUUAUAGACAUCAUAUACUUGUGGUGGAAAAAGUGAAGGCUUCCGUUUUGAGAGCCUUCGCUAAUGCAACAGGAGCUGUUCCGGUGACAUACGCCACACAGUUGAGUAGACACUGUGUCGGUGCUGGUGUGAAGGCUGCAAUAUGGAGGGACCUCAGUAGCUAUGAUGGGAAGCCUUUAAUUACUGUGAAUAUUUCCACUGUAGAAAACAGCGAGCUGGUCACAGUGAUCCUCACAAGCUGCAUACAUGGCAAGCUGCAGGCCAUGGAGGACCAGUUCUGGGCCUGUGCUUAUCGAUUACACCACAUGCUGGAAGACAAAGUCCUCCUGCCUGGUGCUGGAGUGACAGAAAUGCUUUGUAUUCACCACCUUCAAAGGGAAGCAGAGCACCAUGUCAAGCAUCACAGAGAGAGGAACAGGGACUCAGCAGCUGCUAACCCUUACAGAGCCACAGUGUUGAACCUCAUGGCAGAUGGUUUAACAGAUUACAUAUCAACUGUAAUGGUUAACACCGGAAGGUUCUCAAAAGUCAAAGCCAGGACGGCAGUGAGCCAACAACUGAAAGCCAAUAACAAAAGUAUUGAGGCAAAGUUCUCACAACUUUCCAUGGAAAGUGAACUAGAGGAUGGUGGAGUUUCCUCAAACACAAGGUCCUGUAAAGUACCAGCAGGAAAGAUCUAUGAUAAUCUGAGUGUGAAGCAGGAAGCAUGGAGGAAAGCCCUAGAUCUGGUUUUCCUCGUGUUGCAGACUGAUGCAGAGGUCAUCACAGGCAUUUACCCAACAUCUGAUGAUACACAAGAACACCUAAUGCUGUUAUGAUUUCCUUUGGAAGGAUUACCCUUCCUUCACAACUCUCUCAUUGUGUUUUUGCUCCAAAUUGGGACACAAAUGUUUGUUUGUAAUUUAUUGUUGUACAACUGUUACAAAGAAAAAAUCAAAUAAAGUGUUUCCAAAUUC